AUGGACGCCCGGCUGCCCCGGGCUCCGGGGGCUGCGCGGCGAGGCUGCCCGCCAGGAGCCAAAGCAGGCGGCAGAGAGUCGCCUGGGCGCGGGGCGCGGGGCGGGGGGCGGGGGGCCCCGAGGGGUCUGGGCCUCGGGUCCCAGUGGGCUGGGGCGCAGCGCGCGACGGGGGAAGACCCCGCGGCCGGAGGUGGCGGCGUCCGGGGACAGCCGAGGGGCCGCUCCGACCCGGGGCGCCGCGGCGAGUUCGCGUCCCCCCUGCGCGCCCGGGACGCUGAGCCCCGCGCCUCGCCGACUCCCGCCCCGCGCGGCGCCGCCUUCUCUCCGGCAGCUGGGCCGGCUAAAAGUUUGAGGCCAGAGGCGGGGAGGCCGCGCAGCCAGCGCUCCUGCGGCGCUCGGGUCGUCGCUCAGACGGGGCCGGCCGAGCCCAGUCCGCCCUCGGCCGCUGCAGGGCACGGAGGUGGCGCCUCCCCCAGCAAACCGGACCGACUGGAUCCCGCAGCCGCAGGGGAUGACGCGGGCGCCCCCGCGGCCCCGGCUCCGGGCGGGGAGGGCGAGCCCCUCGGCCGGCACCGCGACGCGCGCCUGGGCAGCGCCGAUAAGGAGCUGAAGGCAGGGGCCGCCGCCGCGCGCAGCUCCCCUACAGCGCUGGGGACGCCCCGGCAGCGCGAGCCGCGGGUCGAGGUUAUGGACUCAGCGGGCGGCGCGCGCAGCCUGCUCCCCCGGCCCUGCCGCGUGCUGAUCCUGGUAAACCCGCGCGGAGGCAAGGGCAAGGCGCUGCAGCUCUUCCGCAGCCACGUGCAGCCCCUGCUGGCGCAGGCCGAGGUCUCCUUCACGCUGAUGCUCACUGAGCGGCGGAACCACGCUCGGGAGCUGGUGCGCGGGGAGGAGCUGGGGCGCUGGGAUGCGCUGGUGGUCAUGUCCGGAGACGGGCUGAUGCAUGAGGUGGUGAACGGGCUCAUGGAGCGGCCCGACUGGGAGACUGCCAUCCGGAAGCCCCUGUGCAGCCUCCCCGCCGGCUCUGGUAACGCGCUGGCAGCUUCUCUGAACCAUUAUGCCGGCUACGAACAGGUGACUAAUGAGGACCUCUUGACCAACUGCACGCUUCUGCUGUGCCGCCGGCUGCUGGCACCCAUGAACCUGCUGUCACUGCAGACAGCCUCCGGGACGCGCCUCUUCUCCGUGCUUAGCCUGGCUUGGGGCUUCAUUGCUGACGUGGAUCUGGAGAGCGAGAAGUUCCGGCGUCUAGGGGAGAUGCGCUUCACUCUGGGCACCUUCCUGCGCCUGGCGGCCCUGCGUGUCUACCAGGGCACACUGGCCUACCUCCCCGUGGAAAGGGUGGUCUCCCAAGUGCCCACCUCCCCUGCUGUGGACCGGCAGAACCAGCAGGGUCCUACAGAUGUGCACCUCGUACCCCUGGAGGAGCCAGUGCCCUCACACUGGACGGUGGUACCAGAGCAGGACUUCGUGCUGGUGCUGGCCCUGCUGCACUCACACCUGGGCAGCGAGAUGUUUGCUGCCCCCAUGGGCCGAUGCCGGGCUGGCACUAUGCACCUGUUCUACGUGCGGGCAGGUGUGUCUCGGGCCAUGCUGCUGCGCCUCUUCCUGGCCAUGGAGAAGGGCAGGCACAUGGAGUAUGACUGUCCCUACCUGGUGUAUGUGCCUGUGGUUGCCUUCCGCCUGGAGCCCAAGGAUGGGAAGGGGGUGUUUGCUGUGGACGGGGAGCUGAUGGUCAGUGAGGCUGUGCAGGGCCAGGUGCACCCAGACUACCUCUGGAUGGUCAGUGGCUGCAUGGAGCCCCCAGCCAGCCAGAAGCCUCCCCAGGGACCAUCUCCAGAAGAGCCCUUGUGACUGUGGGCCUUGCCGUGCUUUAGCCUCCUUGGUCAACUCUGGCAGGACCCUCUCCACCCUUCCGCCAGUACUGGAGGGCCUGUCCGCAGCUCAUGUGCCAGGGAGGAGGAGGACCCCUGAAGACGGUGGGAAGGUAGAGGCUGUGCUUUGGGAGGGCAGGCUCUGCCUACCAAAGGCCAGCAUGAGGCUCUGGGCCAGGAGCCCAGCUGGUUGGGCCUCCCUGCCUACAGAAGCCACUCCCAUUUUGUUUCUGGGAGCCCAACCCCAUGAAUUAAAUACAAAUAAAGUGACAUUCCCAGCC